GUCAUGGAGAGUAGCAGCAUGGAGGACAUUGAGGCUCUCAUGGAGGAUCUGGCAUACAUCCCGGGUCACUUCCACUUGGAUCUCCACCUCAACUGUGAGCCUGUGGAGCCUGUGGAGCUGAGGCGCCGGGACACCCACCUGAAGCAGGACAGCCUAUGGGCCGAGCUGGAGGCCGAGGCUGGAUACACGCAGUACGCCGUGCGCAAUCUUCUGGGUUUCCUCGCCUUCCACCUUGACAAACUGGAAACUGCUGAGGAAAUAUUCAGGGGCAUUUGUAAAGAGGACCCUGGAAACCUGAAUGCCUGGGCCAACCUGGGCUAUGUUUAUGAUAAACUGGGGAGAGAGCUGGAGGCAGGGGAGUGUGUGGAGAAGGUGUCUCAACUCAUGGGCUUGGAGGCUGGGGAGGCCUAUCAGGAAGAGUCCAGGUUUCUAGCAGCCAGGUGCCUAGCAGAACAGGCCUAUGCUCACCCCUACGACGUGGAGCUGGAAAAAGGGGAGGACCUGAGAGAGAGACUAAGUGCAGCAUUGACACUGUACAACAGAGCUCUGGACUAUGGAGGAGAGCUGAUACCAGUGGAGGAAAGAAGAAGCUGGUGUUUUAAAAUGGCAACAAUCUAUAUAAGGCUAGAUGACAUAGUAAAGACCAAUGCAGACUCUGAAUAUUCCAGACUCUCUCACUACAAUAAUGGGUUGCGGCUUCUCACAGAAACACUAAAGUCAGAGAAGACACAAUACAAAGCUCUAGCCUGGUGUUAUGUUGGCAUCAUGUUAGAGAGGAAGGAGGAAUUUUCCACUGUUCCCAUGUCUGUACAUGACUGUGGCUACUCAGGCUCUGACCCCUUGUCCUGCUAUGGCACUGCCAUAGAGCUAGCCAGUAAUGAUGCAUUCAUCCUGAAUCUCCUGGCUAAAGUAUUCUUUCUGCUGGGCAAACAUGAGAUGGCCACAGGGAUCUGCAACAUGGCUCUCAAUGUGCUCCCAGAUCCAGACCUCAACUGGCAGGCCUACUGCACACGGGCCAAGAUCAGCAUGAUGGGCUAUGUAAAGUACCUGAAGAGGGCAAAACAGGGUCAGGGUGGAAUCCCAGACAGAAAGAACCUGAUCGAAGCAAGAAAAGACCUUGAAAAGGUCCUGACUAUACAUCCAUGUCUACGCACUCACCUGGAACUGGCACAGGUGUAUUACUACAUGGGUGUGGACGCACUCCAGGAGAGCCUUUUGGUGGAUGAGGCAGCAGUGAACAAUGCCCUGGUGAGCCUGUCUCGGGCCCUGCAGUGUGAGCUUGCUGACAGCCUUCCAGACCUCCACGUGUUAAGGGGUCGCUGCCUUCUCCUGAAGGGUGAAGAGCAGAAUGCAGCAGACUGUUUCAAACGGGCCAUAGAGCUGGAGAGACCGGGGAGUGGAGACACAACGGCCCUGCACUGUCUCCUCGAGUCCCUACUGUCUUUGUUCACCCAGGGAGGCGAGCCUGGCUCUGUAAUCACCCAGCUCGAGGAGUGGGUGCAAAGGGCGGAGGAGAUGUACACCAGGGAUGUGGUGCAGGUGGAGCUGAGGAGUCUGUGCCGUGCACACACCACGGAGGUCACAGAGUUAUCGAGGGUUCUGAUAGGCACAGGCAGGCUGGACCUUGUGAGAAGACUGCUGGAAACAGUCCAACCCAAACAGCUGGCUAAGAAGAGACAGCUGGAAAAGUAUUUCUCGUUGUAA